AUGGCUGAAACAGAUUCUUUCCUUCAUCUGGCUCGUCCUCUGGGCCCUGUUGCAGCGGGGUCUGCACCAACCACUGCCCCUUUGAACGUCGUUAUCCAACCUCAGGCUCUUUUCUCGAUUCUCGACCACUCUCUCCGUCGCAAUGCUGAUCAGGAACGUGUCAUCGGAACUCUCUUGGGAACCAGGUCUGAGGAUGGUACCGAGGUGGAAAUUCGCAGCACCUUCGCUGUUGGACACACAGAGACAACAGACCAGGUUGAGGUCGACAUGGAGUAUCAGAAGCAGAUGCUCGCCCUGCAUCUCAAGGCCAACCCCAAGGAGGUCCUGGUCGGUUGGUACGCCACAUCGUCCGAGUUGAACACCUUCUCCGCUUUGAUCCAAAAUUUCUACAGUGGUCAGGGUGAUGGCACAUGGCCUCACCCCGCUGUCCACCUGACUGUGUCCACCGAGGCUGGAAAGGAUAUCGAAACCCGUGCCUACAUCUCUGCCCCCGUUGGCGUGACUGCUGAGAGAGCCGCCGACAGCGCCGCCUUUAUUCCUGUUCCCUACGAGAUCCGCUACGGGGAGGCUGAGAAGAGUGGUCUGGAAGCUAUUGCUUCCGCCCGGGACUCUGAAGAGCGUGCGGCCUCUCUCUUUACCGACAUUGAAGCCCUGGAGCGCGCCAUCGAGGAGGUUCUUGCCAUGAUUGACCGCGUCUCUCGAUAUGUCGAGUCCGUUAUGGAUGAGGAAGCCCCUGCCUCCACAGCGUUGGGCCAGUUCCUUCUUAACGCUCUUGCCUUGGCCCCCAAGGUUGAGCCUGCUGAUAUCGAGCGUGACUUCAACAACCACAUCCAGGAUGUCCUGGUGGUUUCUUACCUCGCCAACACCAUUCGCACACAGAUGGAACUGUCCAACCGGCUAGCAACCGCUCAACUCACUCUGGGCGGAGAAUCCGGUGCUGCAGAGGCUGGCGCCCAGCGUGGCCAGAGGGGCAAAGGUGGCCGUGGAGGACAACAGCGCACCCAAGAGCGGAGUGCAGAGGAGGCUCGUGCAUAG